CAUUCCCAUUCCCAUUCCCAUUCCCAUUCCCCCAGGGAAAUCAAAAUCCCCUUCCCCAGAAUUCAGAAGGAAAAUCAAUUUCCCUCUUAAUGAAGAAAUCAGGCCUCUUUGCAGCCGCCGUCGCUGCUUCUGCAGCAGCCAUCUCUGCUUCCUCGUCUUCCAAAAUUCACUCGCCGCACCAGGAAGCAAUUGUAAGGAGAAACUGUGAGAUAUCAACGUCGCAGGGGUCUUCUCCUUCUUCUUCCACGGAUAAAUUUGCACCAAGGUUUGAUGGAUUAAGGUUCAUAGAGACGCUGGUUACUGCUCAUAGAUGAGUAAAAUAAAUUGUAUAAUUUAAAAAAAAAAAAAAAAACAGAGAGAGCUUGAUUUUAGUUAUUAUCAAGCUAUAAUUUAGUCUUAACCUGUAAUAUUGACUCAAAAAAUUGUGAUGAUGCUGACAGAAAUUAAAAAAUUUGAGGUGCUUGUCAAUGAUAAUGAGAGUUGAAUUGGUGCGCACCAUAAUAUUAUUAAUU